ACCUUGCGAAACCAAAUUUAUUUCAACUCUCAUCAUAUCUUUUGAAGUAGCUUUUUAAUAAUUUAAACCCUCGUUCUCAGUCAAUAUGAACGGGCUACGAACAGCGGCGACAAGGACGCCCACAAGUAAACAGAUUUCUCUGUCUUCAAUCGCGAGACCUUCAUCCAAUGGCUCCACCCUUCGUCGCCAGACAGUUCAACAAAAUCGGAAUUUACAAUUUUCUACAGCGGGACAUUCGAGGCCUGCGACUCUUUCAUAUCCUGCGCCUUUGCGAUCACGAUUCCUUCCAGAAGAAAUUAGAUCUGUAGCAUGCCCAGCAUCCUCGCGGCAUUUUCAUGAAAGCUGGAGAUUGGGCAAAGAAAAGAAGGCAAAACCAGUAGAUCCAGCGGACGCAGCUGCAAAGGAAGAAGCUACAGAAGAAGAGCCUAGCAAAAAGGAUUCUGCUAAAGACUCAGAAUCUACUUCUGGAGAGGGUAAGACUAAGGAAGAAGGAGAGGGCAGUGAAGGCAAAAAAGAAGAAUCCAAAGAGGCACCUCCACCCCCACCACCCCACGGAGACAAAACUCCAUGGCAAGUCUUCACCGAAACCCUGCAAACCGAAUUCAAGGCAUCAAAAGAAUGGAAUGAAUCCACAAAGCAAUUAGCAGAAGGUGCCCAUCAAUUUACAGAGAACGAAAACGUCAAGCGUGCUAGACAAGCUUUCGAAACUACUACUGGAGCAGUAUCUUCGACGACAGGCAAAGUUUUAAAGACUACUGCAGGCGCAGUUGGUAAGGGAGCUGCUUGGACUUGGGAAACUCCAGUAGUGAAGGGAGUAAGAACUACUGUCAAUGCCACAGCAAAUGUGCUUGACAAGGCGACACAACCAAUCCGACAAACGGAGGCAUACAAGAAUGUUAAGAAUGUGAUUGAUGAUGGAAGUAGUUCGAGGUAUGGAGGAUGGGUUGAGAAGGAGGAGAGACGUAAAGCAAGAGAAUUGCGAGAAUUGCAAGAGGGUACCACCGGCAAAACCAAGGAGGUCCCAAUAGAAGAUCCAAACGCCGGAACAAAUGUUACCCUGCACAAAGACUCAGCAUACAAAGAGGCUUGGAGAGAUUUCCGGGACUCGAAUCGUGUCAUGCAAUCUUUAUUCUCCAUGAAAACCGUCUACAACGAAUCCGAGAAUCCCUUGAUCUCAACUGCCCGCAGCAUAUCUGAUCGAGUUGCUGGGUUCUUCGCCGAAAAUGAAACCGCCCAAGUAAUUAAGAAAUUCCGCGAAAUGGACCCCUCAUUCCAAAUGGAACCUUUCCUCCGCGAAAUGCGCGAGUACAUUCUCCCAGAAGUCCUCGAUGCCUACGUAAAAGGCGAUACCGAAACCCUCAAGCUCUGGCUUUCCGCAGCCCAAUUUUCCGUCUAUGAUGCUCUCUCAAAACAAUACACAACUGCUGGUCUCAAAUCUGAUGGCCGCAUUCUCGAUAUCCGACAUGUUGAAGUCCUCUCAGCGAGAAUGUUAGAUAAUGAUAUCCCAGUUUUCAUCAUUACAUGCAGAACCCAAGAAGUUCACGUAUAUAGAAACGCAAAGACGAACCAAUUAGCUGCUGGUAUGGAAGAUAAGGUACAACUGGUCACCUAUGCCAUUGGAGUUACAAGAGUGGCGGAAGAUGUUAAUAAUCCAGAGACGAGAGGUUGGAGACUCAUUGAGUUGCAGAAGAGUGGAAGGGAUUACAUAUGAGAAUCUCCUCUUUAUCUCUCCACUUAUUGUCUCGGCGUCAGGCUCAUAGAAGCUUAUAUCCUCCCUCGUCUAUUUCAUCAACAUAUUGUAGCAUAGCGCUCCCAGUCUUCCUCCAUAAAAGCAAGUCAUCACUUCAUAUCUCUACCCGGGUCCUUAAUUCAACCCAUCGAUCAUAUAAAUCCACAACUCCUCUUGUACAUCAUCUCCCGCUACAUUACAUUACAUUACAUCACAACACAAACCCCCAACCCACCCGCAGAUCAAAAAGGAGUUCCAGGAAGCGAGGGACUCACAUUUCACCAAUAGACAAGUUUUUUUUUUCUUGUCAAAACUUGUGUAUUAAUGAUUUCAAAAAAAAAACUUACCUAUUUUGUUCGCCUCGUCUGAACUAAGCUUCAACGAAGCCUUUUACGCCACUCUUACGAUUUUCAUUGGAAAGUGAAGGGAAGGGAGAGAAAGAAACGAAGGAAGAGGGAUGAAGGGAGAUUGGUAGGAGAAUAUUCUAGAAGAAAAAAUCUUCCGCGCACUGAGAGGAGGAAGGGAAGAAAUUUGUUCAUAUAUUGUACAAUUAACGAUCGAAUCGAAUGUAUAUUGGAA